GUAAAUACCUGUAAUAUUCUCGUCCUCACAGUCGUGACAAAGUUUUGAAGCAAGCAGAAAUAUCUGGAUGAGAAUCAGCUGAACUGAGAUCUGCUGCUGUGAAGAUGUUGUUUGUUAAAGAGGAGAAUGAGGAGGACACGAGUGAACCACAACCCUGGAGAAUAAAACAGGAGGAACCAGAAACCUGGGGAAUAAAUGACGAGGAACAAGGAGGCCUGAUGAAGAUAAAAGAAGAAAGACCAGAUCUGAAUGAGGUAGAGGAGAAACAUCAGUGUCAGAAAGAUAAAGAUGUCAAUGGAAAAAAAUCAGUGAGUUGCAGCAUUCAAAAAACAGACGUCAAAAGGCCUUUCAGCUGCUCUCAGUGUGGAAAGUCUUUCACACGUAAAGGAGACCUUAAGAAGCACAUGUUAAUUCAUGCUGGAAUAAAGCCUUUCAGCUGCUCUCAGUGUGGACAGAGUUUUAAACAGAAAGGAAACCUUAUGAAACACAUGAGAGUUCAUAGUGGGGAAAAGUCUUUCAGCUGUUGUCAGUGUGGAAACACUUUCACGUGUAACAAAAACCUUCAGGAUCACAUGUUAAUUCAUGCUGGAAUAAGGCCUUUCAGCUGCUCUCAGUGUGGAAAGAGAUUUACACAGAAAGGACACCUUACCAAUCAUUUGCUAACUCACACUUCAGAAAAGCCGUUCAUCUGCUCUCAGUGUGGAAAGUCUUUCACACGUAAAGCAAACAUUGAGAAUCACAUUUUAAUUCAUAAUGGAGUAAAGCCUUUCACCUGCUCUGAGUGUGGAAAGAGUUUCACUCAGAAAGGACACCUUGAAAAACAUAUGGUAACUCACAGUUCAGAAAAGCCUUUCAUCUGCUCUCAGUGUGGAAAGAGUUUCUCACGUAAAGGAGACCUUAAGAUUCACAUGGUAAUUCAUGAUGAAAUAAAGCCUUUUACCUGCUCUCAGUGUGGAAAGAGUUUUAAACAUAAAUCAAACCUUAAGAGGCACAUGAUAAUUCAUACUGGAAAAAGCCUUUCACCUGUUCUCAGUGUGGAAAGAGUUUUACACAUAAAUCAACCCUUAAGAGGCACAUGAUAAUUCAUACUGGAAAAAAGCCUUUCGCUUGUUCUCAGUGUGACAAGACUUUUACAGAUAAAUCAAACCUUAGGACUCACAUGUUAAUUCAUACUGGGAAAAAGUC